CAACAUAUUAAGGUUAAUUUUAUGUCAAAAUAAACAAUGCAAUAAAUGUUUACAAUUGCCGAAAAUAAUUAUAUUUUAUAUUAAAAUGAAUAAUGUUGUGAAUGUCGGUGAUUGUUGUCGUGCCUGUCUCCGUAUAGAUUGCCAUUUAACACCAACAAAUGCUCAGGAUGAAGAUUGUGUAAAAUUUUGUGAUAAACUUUUAGCUUGUAUAUCUGAAAUAGAAUGGUCCAAAGAAGGUAUCCCCUCUUUUAUUUGUUCAUCUUGUAUUGAGAGACUUCGAGUGUCUUACGAUUUCAGAACAGUUUGUUUACAAUCAGAAAGUACACUCCAGAAAUGUGGCCACUUGAGAAGUUUCACGGCAAUUUCCGAAGGUGGAACUAUCUCAAUUCCGAAACUAGAAUUUACGCAAGCUAAUAUUAUAGAAAAUAUCGUUAUAACAACAGAUGAAUCGCCAAAUACAGAAUACUUGCAUCUUAAACAUUUCUUGGAUAAUGAGGAUGAACUUAAAAAUGAUGUAAAUAAUAUGUCAAGGAGUGCAUCCCCAGCAUUUCAUCUUGGGAGUCAAGAUUCUCAUCUCCAAGAAUUGACCAAUAAAUUAUCUCAAAAAACCCUCGAAGAACUAGAGCAAAAGCAUUUACAGAAUUAUGAAGGACAAGAACAACAUUUUAAUAUAUCCAAUUUUGGAAAUUCACAAACUUCACAAUUGAAUAUGGAACAAAGUCAAAACCAAUUACAUAAUUCUUUAGCAGUGAAGCAACAUCAUGUCCAAGUCAAUCAAAGAAUACAAGAAGUUCCUAUAAUGCAAAAACAUAUUAUCAAAAGAACAACAGGAAUACAAGUGCGACCCCUAUCACCAUCAUCUCAGAAAAAAGAAACAAAAAUUUUCGCAUGUGAAUUGUGUGAAAAAAGUUAUAGGAAAAAUGCAAAUCUGAGAAUCCACAUGAGAACACAUACAGGAGAAAAACCAUUCGAAUGUAAAUAUUGUGAUAAGAGGUUCUAUCAUUCAUCCCAUUUACGAGAACAUAUAAGAAGGCACACUGGGGAAAAACCUUUCCAAUGUGCAGUCUGUAAUAAGAGGUUUACCAUUAAAGGGGAAUUAACAAUGCAUAUGAAAUCUCAUACAGGUGAAAAACCAUACGCCUGUCCUUGCUGUGAUCGAAGAUGUUUAACAGCUGCUGACCUAAAAGUUCAUAUGAGGACCCACACUGGAGAGAAACCUUUCACCUGCAAUACUUGUGGAAAGAAAUUUGCAAGCACCUACAUCCUUAAAUCACAUAUAAAAACACACACAGGUGAACGGCCAUAUACUUGCACUAUAUGUCACAAAACGUUCACUCAAUCUUCUCAUUUGAAUGUGCAUAUGAGAAAACAUACCGGGGAAAAAGUUGCUUGCAAGAUGUGCAACGCAGAAUUCACGCACUCAUCCCAGUUAACGGUGCACAUGAGGAAGCAUACUGGAAAACAACCAUAUAAAUGCACAGUUUGUGACAAAAUCUGCAAUUAUGCGGCUGAAUUGCAGAAUCAUAUGAUGAAGCAUACGGGAGAGAAGUUUCAAUGUGUUACUUGUGAUAAAAGAUUUACCACAGCAGCUUAUUUGAACGAACAUAUAAGGACACAUACAGGCGAAAACCUGUCAACCUGCUCUAUUUGCAAGCGUCAAUUCACUAGGCAGCAGUAUCUGGAAAAACAUAUGAGAACGCACACAGGAGAAAAGCCGUUCAGUUGUACUCAGUGUGGAAAAAAAUUCUCCCAGUCAUCAUCUCUAAAAGUUCAUAUAAGAAUUCACACUGGGGAGAAACCAUAUGCCUGCACACUUUGUGAUCGAAAGUUCACCACAUCCUCGGAUCUAACUGCUCAUACCAAAAAGCACAAAAAGUAUAUAAACUUGUAAUGUAUCCAAUCUGAAUAAUUAUAAUUUUACUCAGUAUUCCUAAUAUUCCCUCUCAGUUUGAGCAUUUGGUAUAUUAAAUAUGAACUGAAACUGUUGGGAUUAAGAACAGAAGAACAGUAUUACAUAUACUGAAAGAUUUGAUUUGAGUUAGUCGAAUGUUCAUUACCGAGAAACUGCCCUACAAUAGCGGAUUUGACAAUAUGAAGAAUAUUUUUCUCUAUAUUGACAUCCUUAUAAAUUACACUUUCGAAAACUAUUUACAUUAAUUACUGGAAUAAUUCAAAUGUAUUAUCACAUAACGAGAAGCAAACUGGAUUGGGAGAAGUUUCGUUUAUUUUGAUUUGGCACAAAUAUUAUGCAAAUUGAAAAUAUCCACUUUUUAUAUACUUAAAUCAUUGAAUAAUUUGAGAGGAUUUGAAAAUUUUGACAAAUAGCCUAUUGAUUGUUGAAUUAUUCAUUGAACUAAGCUACCAAGAUUCGUGUUCAGAGAGUCCCCAUGUUAAUAUUUACGUUUUUGUUAAUGUUUUCUACCCUGGCUUUCCUAGUCCACUGUGAAACCUCCCAGGAGCUUAGAAUUGUGCAAGAUAAAGAGAACCAGUUGUGCUCUGUGUAGGUUUUGUUACUGUGUCCCAUCGGAAUAACUGUUUUCAUCCUAUAUUUUAAAUUUUUAUGUGAAAGAUUGUAUAAGUAUUCAAUUGAAGCUAAAGGACCAAGGUUUUGAAUAUUUUGACUGAACUCUUAGUUGACACCCAAUCAGGUUUCAAUUUUCAUUAAAUUGACUACCUAUGUAUAUAAUCUCCAGAAUUGUUUGUUCACUUAGUGAACUAGAUUCUUAAAAUUUGUAUAUUACUCUACAGAACUUUGUAUUUUAACGGAAGUGGAGAAAACUUUUAGAACCCAUUUGUUCAUAUGAAAAACUAAAUUCAAAUUAUAAUGUAUAAAAUUAAUAUAACGCAAAUUAUUUAAAACCAUUUUAUUCAAUAUAAGAUAUAAAAAUUUAA